AUGCCCAAGCUCGAGAUUAUCGUUUCCGGCGGCAACUUCAAGCGCAUGGACACCAAGGCCUACAACAUCACCAAGAAGGAGGCGUGGGUGAAGCUGCAGGUCGCCGGCCAGGAGGUCACCACCACCCGCGUGAACUGCCCCAUGCUCGACCCGGUGUUCGAUGAGACCUUCGUCCUCGACGUCAACGACCCCGCCACCGACAAGGUGACCGUCACUUUCUACCUGGCCGAUACCCUCAUCGGUCAGCCCGCCGACUACAUCCUCAGCGGCCUCACCAAGAACAAGGGCACCUACAAGGGCAUGGCCAUCGUCGGCGGCAAGCUCGACAUGACCUUCCGCGCCCUCGACUUCGGCAAGGAGGAGGCUCAGGAGGAGGAGGAUGAUGGCUUCAUGGAGUUCCUCUAA